AUGCAACCACAUCAACAAUCUCAACCACCUCUUUCACAACAACAACAACAACAACAACAUCAUCAUCGUCAAACACACAGACAUAGACAUAGUCAGCCAUCAAUGAUGCAACAGAGUACAUCUCACGAAGGGUUUUCUCAACCGCCUGCACCACCACAUUUACAACAACAUCAUCAAUCAUUAAAUGGAAAUGGGAAUAUCGGUAGUACAGAUAAUGGAGUACAUAAUUCAACCUAUAGUAGUUACUCGGUGUAUCCUCCACCACCACCAAUUUUAUCUUCAAUGAGCAAUACUAAUGGUCAUACAAAUCUGACAGCAGCCACCACCACCACCACAACAACAACAACAACAGAUUCCAUAGUUCAAGGUGCAACAGGGAUGACCACCUCUGCAGCACAUGAACCUAAUAAAGCUGAUGUGUUAUUACCCCCAAUAAGACAUUAA